AAGUAAGUCUGCUCUUUUCCAAUGAAGAAAAAAUAUUUUAAUCAUUCAAAGGUUGUUUAUGGUGCAAGGAAAAAGAGAAAUGAAUUACAAAAAGAUGAUCUUAGGAAAAGUAAUUCCAUUCAAUCGAAUGGAAAGAAUACCAGACAUUCAUUGGGCGUUGGAAGUAUGGAGAAAAGAGAAACUUCCAUAAUACUCGAGUUGUGGAUAGAGUAUAUCAAAGAGUUGAAAAGCAGAAAUGUCAGGAUUUCAACUUUGGAGAAAUAUUAUUCAAAUAUGGAUUUAAUAUAUGAAAAUAUGAAUCAACGAAUAAAGGCUUUGGAAGAGAUGAUAAGCCACAAAGAGAAAGAAGCCAAGUGAAAGAAGAAUUUUUACUGAUAUCUUUAUUUUCAAUUCUUUAUUUACAAGGGUAAUGACGUAUAGCAAUAUGAGAGUUCAGGGAUAUUUAUAAAAAAAAUUCAUAACAUUAAAAAGAAUGGGUAACCCA